UCGGCCUUGGUUGACACAACGGUGGACGUGGAAUGCAUUCAGUAUUACUCGCUGUCACAGCCAUGGAUCUGUCACUGUGAGAAAAGAGAUAUUUGUACUAAGACUGGGGAAUAUACUACAAACCAAAGGAGGAAGCUUUCGCUUGACCUAAACUGGACUUCGCCAGUGAAGGAAUAAGUAACACUUGAUUAGCUCGCACGCUUUUCUAAUCGUUUGCGUUAUACGUGCGUUCAAAUUACGUGCAAAUGAUCACCAAAGAGGAACACGUCUAGUUUAGCUUUUGCCCUGUUCUGGUAUUCAUCGGCUUUGCUCGCACGUCCGCCUUUGUGAUGGCUCCGAUGGGCAUCCGAUUGUCCCCGUUCGGCAUAACUCUGUUCUGCUUACUAGGAUUUGGUGUGAUCUAUCACCUUUACGCGGGAGUUUUAUCUAGUAGAAUCGCCUCGUUCAGACUGAAGAGGACUGUGGAUCUGAGAGAGCUGCUCGCGCUGUCCAUGGAGGCUGCGGUGCAGGGCGGACGUGAGGUGAAGAGGAUCAGGGAGGACAACACACUAGAGGAAAAGUCAAAGGGCAAAACAAAAGAAGGGGACAGUGAAAAGCUCACGCUGGGUGAUCUGAACUCCAACCGCAAGAUGUUCUACCUGAUCAAGAACACCUACCCUUAUAUACAGGUGAACUCAGAAGAAUAUGCUAAUGCCGAGGGUGAGGCCACUGUGUGGACACGCAUCAUCCCUGAAGAAAUUCUGGCAAAGAUCUCAGGAGGGAAGGAGGUUCCAGCAGAAAGGAUCACAGUGUGGAUUGAUCCACUGGAUGCCACUCAGGAAUACACAGAAAAUCUCCAGAAGUAUGUCACCACUAUGGUGUGUGUGGCUGUGGACGGGGAUCCUGUUAUAGGUGUGAUUCACAAACCCUUCACUGGGUACACAGUAUGGGGUUUCGUUGGAGAGGGAUCCAAUGUGGUACCUCGUUCUUCCUACAACACAAACUUUCCUAAGGUGAUCGUUUCACGCUCACACUCAGGCAAGGUGAAGAGCUUCGUUCAGGUGGCCUUUGGCAACAAUACAGAAAUUAUACCAGCAGGGGGUGCAGGAUAUAAGGUACUAGCUCUUCUAGACCCCACUGAUGAGGAACAAGAUACGGCCGAUAUUUACAUCCAUGUGACGUACAUCAAAAAAUGGGAUAUCUGUGCGGGUGAUGCCAUCUUGAGGUCUCUUGGUGGUCAAAUGACAACUCUCAAAGGAGAUCAUAUUGAUUACUCUGGGACAGAGGGAAACGAGGGCGGCCUGCUGGCAAGCAUUAAAACUGACCACAAGGCAUUGGUGAAAAGACUUCCAACAUGGGAAGAGAACAAAGAACAAUAAAUCGCUGCCUGUUCCUGUCCCUAACACUCUCAUUGUCUACGGUAACACACAGUUGUGUAGACAUAUGUGGAAAUAAAGAUAAGCUUGUGACAUGAGGUGACUGAUCCAACAUCAGUGAAAUGUGUAAUUAUACCUGAAUGAGUCUGAAAACUUUGACUUGCCUUUGACUUUGUAUUUUGUGAAACAUUUAAAGAAUGUUUAAGUGGAAAUUAAGUAAAUGUGCAGCAUCAAAUCAUGAGGUCACCUUUAUUUUAAUCAUUAAAGAGCAGGUCAUAUGGUAUUUUAAAGUGUUUUAAUAUUGUG